GAGAAACCCCAGGGGCAGAUCUGUCAUUUAAAUACUCUGACCGCCGGUCACGUGAUUAUAUUUAACCGAGGGGCCGGCCUUGUUUCGGGCAGCGUAACUUGCCGUCUCUAUCUACCCGCCUCCUCCGCCGGUUACCAAAACUCAUUAAUAUAUUUUCCCUCAUUUUACAGUUUUACACUUAAAUAAUACACUCAUACACAACUCAUACUACUAUAUCUAAAAGGAAAGAGAGAGAUUCCUGUUCUCCUUGAAGAUUUAACUAUUCUGGAGGUCUGCAAUAAAUACUUUCACCAUUUUCCCGUUGUUGCGGCGGCCACAGUUCUUUCUUCUCCUGGCUUCCAUAAUGUCUGAAAUAGCUGUCAGAGAUAAUAAUGUCCCCGAGUCUCAGAGGAUAAAUGGAGGCUUCAGUAAUGGAAGCAUGGUGAAAUCUCAGGUAGAAGGUGUGAGCAAAAUCACUGAAGAAAGGCAAAGGAAAGGGAUGGCUGCAGUUGUUGGCACUUCCAUUAAGAUUGACGAAACAGACAAUUCUGAAGCAGCGAUAGCCAGUAUAGAAGUAGAGUACAUUGAGUCCGAGGACUUGAAAGAUGUAGAAGACGUGGAUGAUUGUCUGAAGGCCCUCUUGUCAGGACUUGGCUCCAAGGACUGGGUUACAGUGUGUGACGCACUCAGCAAUGUUCGCCGAUUGUCUAUCUUUCACAAUGAAGCUAUUGCUAAUAUUCUGGAUGAAGUCAUCUCCUUAGUUGUGAAAUCCCUAAAGAAUCCAAGAAGUGCUGUCUGCAAAACUGCAAUUAUGACUGCCGCAGACCUGUUCAAAGCAUAUACAGACAGCAUCAUUGAUUUGUUGGAUCCUUUGCUUGUUCAACUCCUCCUCAAGUCCUCACAAGACAAGAAAUUUGUUUGUGAGGCAGCUGAAAGUGCAUUAGUAGCCUUGACAAGCUGGGUUUCUCCCGUUCUGUUGCUACCCAAGUUGCAGCCUUACAUUACACAUAGGAAUCCUCGAAUUCGAGCUAAGGCUUCUAUAUGUAUUUCUCGAAGUGUCCCACGGCUGGGAAUUGAUGGAAUUGAAAUAUUCGGUAUAGACAAACUGAUUGUAAUAGGCGCUUCCCAGCUAAGUGAUCGGCUUCCCGAGUCCAGGGAUGCAGCUCGUGCUCUGUUGCUAGAGCUGCAGUCUGCAUACGAAAAAUCUCGAGUCCCAGAACUGACUGCAGUACCUGAGCAAUCUGUAGUCCCAGAAACAACUGAUGUACCCGAGCAGCCUGUUGUAGCUUCUUGGGAGGAUUUCUGCCAAUCAAAGCUUUCGCCUUUAAGUGCUCAAGCUGUCCUUCGUGUGACCAACUCUGCUCGCGAGGAAGGCUUAUAGCAUAAAGAUACACAAGUUUUUAGCUGGUAAUAUUUUCCCCAAUCCAUUGUCGUGGUGAGAUUUGAAAAGUUUUAUACUUGUAUAUACCAUGGAAGUUUGAAGUGUUUGCAGAGGCAGCAGGUGAAGCACGUAUUGGUGCUAUAGAUCCUACGAUUUUACGUAUAUGGCGAAAUUUAAGAAUAGCAAUAUUUCCUUUAGGUUUGACGUUGUGUGUUGUUGAUUUGUGCUUGGUUGUAAAUUGUUCCGCCCUUGGGCUGUUAUGUGGAUCUAGCAUUAUGAAAAGUACAGUACGUGUUUACAUUUGGCUUUUUUGGUCUUUUUUUGAGCCACAUUGUUAACAAUGUUUCAUGUUAUAUUCCAAAAUCAGUUAUACAAGUACUGAUAAUAGUAUACAUUAUUCAUCAUA